GCUCACAACAACGAGCGGAGAGCUGGGUGGAUAAAGCACAGCAAGUUGGUACAGUAGGGGAGGCACAGGUGGUGCAUCAGCCAGUCGUCUCGGUCGUCUCAGUCAGGCGACCCGUGGCACCUGCUGGGUCUGCCCCGUGACCUCCUGCCAGCGGGCGUUCCACACUUCACGUGGCAGCCUCAAGGGCGAAGUGUCGCAUGGCCAUGCCUUCUCACCAGGCUGUGAGAGAUGCGCCAAUCACGCAAUUUAUCAACUGCCUGCUUCUCAAAGACCACAAGCUGAUAAGAGACGAUCUGUGGGUGCGAUCGGGACGGAUCCUUGAUCCUGAAAAACUUUUUUUCGAUGAGAAGGUGCACGCUGACCGCAGGGUGGACUGCCACGGUCUCAUCCUCGCUCCUGGCUUCAUCGAUGUUCAACUCAAUGGGGGCUACGGAGUGGACUUUUCGUCUGGUGGAUCAGGGCUGCAGGAAGGGCUAUCUCUGGUUGCUCAGAAGCUGCUGACUCAGGGCGUCACCUCCUUCUGCCCAACGCUCAUCACCUCCCCUCCGCAGCUCUACCAUGAGGUGCUACCCAGGCUUCCACGCACGGAGGGAGGCCCCCACGGAGCCGGCACGCUCGGCGUGCACCUGGAGGGCCCGUUCAUCAGCUUGGAGAAGAAGGGCGCGCACCCGGAGCUCUUGCUGCGCAGCUUCGAGCGCCGCGGCAUGCAGGACGUGUUGGACACGUACGGGGACCUGGCGAACGUGGCGCUCGUGACGCUCGCGCCGGAGAUGCCGCGCAGCGGAGAGGUCACGCGGGAGCUGACACGCCGCGGGGUCCGCGUCUCCCUGGGGCACUCCACUGCCAACCUGUGCCAGGCCGAAGCAGUGGUGGAGGAAGGUGCUUCCUUCAUCACGCACCUCUUCAACGCCAUGGUGCCGUUCCACCACCGCGACCCGGGCAUCGUGGGACUGCUGACGAGCGACCGCGUGCCGAACGGGCGAAGCGUCUUCUACGGCAUGAUCGCCGACGGCAUCCACACGAACCCGGCCGCGCUGCGCAUCGCCCAUCGAGCACACCCAGCCGGCCUCGUGCUGGUCACCGACGCCAUCAUGGCGAUGGGUCUCCCCGAGGGGCGGCACCACCUGGGCCAGCAGACCAUCGAGAUCGAGGGCCUGCACGCCUACGUGGCCGGCACCAAGACCCUUAGCGGCAGCAUCGCCACGAUGGACAUGUGCGUGCGUCACCUCCGGCAGGCCUCAGGGUGCUCUGUGGAGUGUGCCCUCGAGGCUGCCUCCCUUCACCCGGCCCAGAUGCUGGGCAUCAGCGAUCGCAAGGGCACCCUCGACUACGGCACGGACGCAGAUUUUGUGCUCAUCAGCCAGAGCCUGGAGGUGUGCGCCACCUACAUAAGGGGCGAGCGCGUGUGGGCGGCACGGGCCCCGGGAGCCAGCAACAACGCGUGAUGGAGCCAGCAACAACGCGUGAUGGAGCCAGCAACAACGCGUGAUGGAGCCAGCAACAACGCGUGAUGGAGCCAGCAACAACACGUGAUGGAGCCAGCAACAACGCGUGAUGGAGCCAGCAACAACACGUGAUGGAGCCAGCAACCACGCGUGAUGGAGCCAGCAACAACACGUGAUGGAGCCAGCAACAACACGUGAUGGAGCCAGCAACCACACGUGAUGGAGCCAGCAACAACACGUGAUGGAGCCAGCAACCACGCGUGAUGGAGCCAGCAACAACACGUGAUGGAGCCAGCAACAACACGUGAUGGAGCCAGCAACCACGCGUGAUGGAGCCAGCAACAACGCGUGAUGGAGCCAGCAACCACACGUGAUGGAGCCAGCAACAACACGUGAUGGAGCCAGCAACCACGCGUGAUGGAGCCAGCAACAACACGUGAUGGAGCCAGCAACAACACGUGAUGGAGCCAGCAACAACGCGUGAUGGAGCCAGCAACCACACGUGAUGGAGCCAGCAACAACGCGUGAUGGAGCCAGCAACCACACGUGAUGGAGCCAGCAA